UUGAAGAACGAAACGCGUGCAUCGAGCUACAUUGGCGCGACAUCACGCGGUAACCAUGUAACCCACCACGCUACGACAUUAUAAUCUGUCAAGUGUUGCGUUGAGGUACGAGGUACAACACCAAACCACAUUUUUUUUGCUCCUGCUACAAACGGAAAUUACAUGUUGGAUUUGAGUCCGUAAGAAGCACGACAUGUUCUUCAGUGUCUGGUUGGGAGGCAACAACACAUUUCUAGCCAAUAAUAAUUGUAUGGUGCGGAAUCUGGUACAACACCUGAGGAUAAAAUGCGGCGUCACGGAUGAAAAAGUGGUGCUUGAUUUGGCCGAUGAGGAAGGCAACUUACAAAAUCUGGGUGAUUACAACCCUCGGUUUCCCGCUGCGAGACUCCUGCAACCCAAAGUCACCUACAUCCCCAUCCUCAUUGAACGAAAUGAUGACAACACACUCAAACCGUUCACACCAAUGGUCAAACGCGUCACGAAAGAUCCCGAUUUCAUGAAGAAUUUAAUGGAGCAAUACGAACGACGCGAGCUUGCAAGGACAGGGGGCAAGCAAGCCCGUCUAGAACCGGUCAAAGAGGGCGAGAAAGGUCCAGCCGCUACCACCAAGGGGAACGUCAAGGGGGCAGCCGCGACCCCCAAAAAUCCAAAAGGGGGAGGGGGUACCCGGUCCAAAUCGACAAGAUAAAAGGGGACAGAGAUUUUAGAUUGGAUGUAG